AUGAGGGAGCCGACGAAGUUCCGUGGCAUAUCCGUGUUGAGUUUCACUGGCCAGCUUCACUCGCUGGCGAAGACUGGCCUCGUGCAUCAGGGCUUGCUGGGGCGGCUCAAGACGGACAUGAAGUGUUCGACUGCGUCGGAAAAGUUCAUGUCAGGCGUGUGGGUUAUUAUGUCCGUGUGUGCAUCCAAUGGCGAGACAUACUCCAGCAAGUGUGAGAUGCGGAAAGCCGGCUGCAGACUGCAAAGCAAGCUGCAGGUAAUUGUGAGAGGUAGUUGUCAACGACCUGCAGAUCCUUGCUCCACUGCAAAAUGCUCACGGAGCCAAGUAUGCAUCCUGGACCCUGCCGACGCUAGGCGACCGAAAUGCAUCUGCAACCACCAAUGCAGCCGGAGCAUCAACUAUGUGUGCGGAACCAAUCAUCAGUCUUACACCAGCCCUUGCCACCUGCACAAACGUGCCUGUGAGGAACAAACGAACGUCACAGUUCUCCACGAUGGUCUAUGCUCCUUGCGCCCUAACCCUAGCGGCAAUGAUGUGCCGUCGACAGAGGAAAGCUCAAUAGACAGCCCUGCUGGAAUUGAUCCAUGUGAAUUGGUCGUAAAUACUUGCCCCACCAACAAAAGAUGUGUAGUUGACGAAGCAGGAGAGGCUACAUGUGUCUGCAAGACAUCAUGCUCAAACACUGAAGGGGCUAGGGUAUGUGGCUCUGACGGAGAGACAUAUUUCAAUGAAUGUAGGAUGAGAAUACAGGCUUGCCAUCUCAGCCGGGAUAUCACCAUUGCGAAUAUGGGCACCUGCAGGAGUGAACUAUGCAAAUCACUGAACUGCCACCGCCAUGGUCAUUGCGAGACUAACCCAGCCACGGGAUUAGAACGUUGCAGCUGCACACGUGACUGUCCUGCGGGCAAUGGAUCUGUAUGCGGUGAGAGUAGCUUGGGCCGGGAGCUUUAUCGGAGCCAGUGUGCCAUGGAGAAGCUGGCGUGCCAGCUGAAUGAGGAUAUCGCUGUGGUGCCAAUGGACAGGUGUGGUUCAGCCAUGAAUACCCGCCGCACAGCUACAGCCAUAGAUACCCUCCACAGAAAUAGCGUCACCAACUUCAUUGCCCCGCAAUCCAGAAGGACUACUGCUGGAGAUCCAUGUUCAUCUCUCUUGCAUGUUUGCCCGGCUAACAAAAGAUGCAUAGUGGACGAAGGAGAAGCUAGGUGCAUCUGCAAAACAACAUGCCCCAACGAAGCGGCAAGUGUGUGCGGCUCUGAUGGCCUGACAUAUUUGAAUGAAUGUUGGAUGAGAGUACAGGCUUGCAUUGGGAACCUGAACGUCACUGUUGUGAAGCGUGCCAGUUGCAAUAGUGUUGUAAGUUGCAAAGUUCCCAGUCCUCCCCGUCAUGGGUUAGUUGGCAAAGGCGAAGAGAGCUUCACGCACAAUGAACGAUUGAGCAUUUCGUGCUCAAAUGGAUAUCGGCUGAAUGGUGCCAAUAGCGUGGUUUGCGGAGCUGACGGUCAGCCAUCCAUGAUCAAUGGCACACCGACGUGUGAGGAUAUCGAUGAGUGUACUGCUGGUGGCCAUAAUUGUACGGCAAUGGCAUCAUGUAAUAACACCAUAGGUUCCUUCGAAUGUUUGUGUAAGAAUGGAUAUUAUGGAAAGGGGACAGCUUGUGAAGAGUGCCAGUUUAUUGACUCUAUCAUAUUUAAUGUGGCGAGUAUCGACAAAGCAAGCGGGAAGGUGACUUGUGCCGCUGGCUUUACACGUGUUGGAGGGACUGGAACGGCAAGCUGUCCAAAGAAUUCUUCAACUGGCCAGUGGAUGAAUGUUGGAAGUUGUCAAGCUCUGUGUUCUCUACCUACCAUCAUUGAUGGGACCGUUGAUGGUACAAGAGUUAUGGCUAGUGGCUCCAACGCCCAAUUGUACUUAAGAGCUGUGUACAACUGCAACCAUGGUUACAGACUCUCACGUGGCAUGAGCAACACAUAUAUUCAAUGUUCUGUUGUCGAUGGCAUUGCUGACUUCCACUCGGCUCCUACUUGUAUGGAUAUCGAUGAGUGUACUGCUGGUGGCCAUGGUUGUACGGCAAUGGCAUCAUGUAAAAACACCAUAGGUUCCUUCGAAUGUUUGUGUAAGAAUGGAUAUUAUGGAAAGGGGACAGCUUGUGAAGAGUGCCAGUUUAUUCACUCUAUCAUAUUUAAUGUGGCGAAUAUCGACAAAGCAAGCGGGAAGGUGACUUGUGCCGCCGGCUUUACACGUGUUGGAGGUACUGGAACGGCAAGCUGUCCAAGGAAUUCUUCAACUGGCCUGUGGAUGAAUGUUGGAAGUUGUCAAGCUCUGUGUUCUCCACCUACCAUCAUUGAUGGGAGCGUUGAUGGUACAAGAGUUUUGGCUAGUGGCUCCAACGCCCAAUUGUACUUAAGAGCUGUGUACAGCUGCAACCAUGGUUACAGACUCUCACGUGGCAUGAGCAACACAUCUAUUCAAUGUUCUGUUGUCGAUGGCAUUGCUGACUUCCACUCGGCUCCUACUUGUAUGGAUGAAAAAGUCUUGCCAAGUUUGAUGUUUCUGUUACCACCAGAACAUGCCGUUUGA